UUCAAUGCAAAGUCCACAACUGUACAGCCACCAAGUAAAACCCAACAUGCUGGACUGCUUAAAGUCAGUUCUUUGAGAACUGGCAUUUCAGCUUCAACCACUUGGCACACAACACUUGUCUGGCAAAAGCAGUGCAUCUUUAGUAGGGAACCCCUGCGAGGACUUGUAUAAUGAUUGUAGUUUUCUGGAUGGUUUUUGUUUUGGGAACAUCACUGAAGAAGAAGUUGCACCUAGCAUCAGGUUGGCCUCAGAGAGUGAAGUCUUGGGGAUAAAUGAAGACCAGGUUAAUACAGGCAGAAGCAGCACCGGCUUCUCCAAAGAAGGGGCUGACUAACUUUGUGGGAAGAGUAGCUGUACCUGGGGAAGCAAUCAAGACCUACUGGCCAACCUUGGUGAGAAGUUGCAAUUUCAGACUGAAAGGACAAAGACUGGACUACCCUCUCAUUCUUAGAGAUCCUUCCAGAACAAGGUUGACGCACACUGGGAAAGCGCCAGGCACCGGGACCCAGCCGCAGAGCCAGAGUCAGGGACUGCAGUUCAGCUUGAAGCCUACCGAGCAGACAUGGUGUCGCCGGUCACAGUGGUGAAGAGUGAAGGCCCCAAGCUGGUGCCCUUUUUUAAAGCCACUUGUGUCUAUUUCGUCCUCUGGCUGCCAACUUCCAGCCCUUCCUGGUUCAGUGCCCUCAUCAAGUGUCUGCCCAUCUUCUGCUUAUGGGUUUUUCUGCUGGCACAUGGAAUCAAUUUCUUAGUCGCACAUCGAAGCGCCAGUAGGAUCUUAGCAGGGUUAAUAUUCUCCGCAGUGGGGGAUGCCUUCCUCAUCUGGCAGGAGCAAGGCUACUUUGUUCAUGGUCUGCUGAUGUUUGCCAUCACACACAUCCUGUACUCCUCAGCAUUCGGGAUGAAGCCUUUGGACCUGAAAGCCGGCUUUGUGAUGACCCUUGUUUCCAGCUUCUGCUACACCUUCCUCUACUCCUACCUUUCAGGCCCCUUCACCUACCUGGUAGCUGUCUAUAUCGCUUUGAUUGGCUUCAUGGGGUGGCGUGCCAUUGCUGGCGUGCAGCUGUGCAAUGAUCUCUGGACUUGGACCAAGCUUUCGGCCUGUAUCGGCGCAGUGCUUUUCAUGGUGUCAGAUCUGACCAUUGCAGUUAACAAGUUCUGCUUCCCGGUGCCCUACUCACGUGCCAUCAUCAUGGCCACUUACUAUGCAGCCCAGAUGCUCAUUGCACUCUCAGCUGUGGAGAGCAGGGAUGAAGAGGACUUCAAAAGGAGGAAUUAGACGGGACACCAGCAGGCUCAUGAACUGCAUGGAUUAUAACUGGGGUGCUGUAGCAGCAUUAGUCGCUGAGGGAUAUCUCCAUCUCUCAAGGUGCAUUGAUGAUAGAGAUUUUGCUUCUUUGAAGCAUUAUCUUUGGGUUUUUUUAAUCUGACUCUCCUUGAAUGUAAUUUACUUCAGCGUGGAGACCACAUUGGAGAAUUUAGACUGCUCCUACAGUAGCUACUCAUUGACCUUUUCCUCUUGGACACUUCAGGAGUCCUCUCUAAUACCACAUUAUAUUUGUUAAUCCUGAAAGUGGUUCUGAAUGUUAUGGAAGGAGAAGGCUAAUUUAAAGAGACCAUGAAAAGAGGCUAGGCAGGUUAAGAGUCUUGCCUUUGACCCUGGACACACACAUGUCCAAAUCCCAGCUAAGGUGAUAGGGUGACCAGACAGCAAAUGUGAAAAAUCAGGACAGGUGGGGGUGGUGGUAAUAGGAGCCUAUAUAAGAAAGGCCCCAAAAUCUGGACUGUCCCUAUAAAAUUGGGACAGCUGGUCACCCUAGGUGACAAUGAGUCUAGGUGGUGACUAGACUAGAUCCCACUUGUGGGCAUUACAAAGCCACCACACAGGGUGCAGCAACUGACAGCCUCUGCUCAAAGAAAGCCCAGGAGUAGCAUAGCAGGAGGAUAGGUAGUGCAGGUCAGGGCUAAAGUACAUUGGUAAGAAUUGGGUGGUGGGAAACUUGCACUGUACCUGUUUCUAACCAGGACUCUUCUGAAUUCCAAAUUCAUGCAACUUCCUAUUUAAAUGCCAUUCAAAGUUUUUCUGCCCAAUAUGAAUGCUGCUGAGCAUUUAGUAUGCGAUACACUUUCAGCAGCAACUUCAGAAUGCAACAACAUUCUGAACUUUGAGAAAAUGGGAAAUGAAAGGCAUUCUUUAAGCAGGCGGGGUUACGAUGAAAGGAUAAAUGCAUGUAAGUUAAUGAGCAGUUUUAGCAGGCAACUUUCAGCAUUUGCUAUGUUGGCCUACGGUAGUCCUGUGGCUGUGUGCUAAGAUACAUGAUGGAACAAUGGAUCUGUCUUUCAACAUCAGACCGCACCCCAUUACCAGUAGCUUUGUUGACUGAAUUAAUAAGCCAGGCAAACCUCCUGCACCUCCUCUGUAGGUGCUGAGAGCUCUUGAAUCAGUGACAAUGCUUGUAUCAACUCCAAAACAAAGGCAAAGUAUUAAAACACAAUGGGA